GCCCGGGGCGCAGCAUCCUGGCUCUGCUCGGGCCGCCUCAGCCACUGCCGUCGGGGAAGGUCCCAGCGCGGUCAUGGCCUCGCGAGGUGCCCGCCCCGGCCCAAGCCCUCAGCACCCCGCGCAGUAGCCCCGAGGAGAGGCGGCCUGGACGUCGCGGACGGCUGGGCGGGCAGCAUGGAGGAGGCGCACCUGCUCCCGGCUGCCGACGUGCUGCGCCGCUUCUCGGUGACAGCCGAGGGCGGCUUGAGCCCGGAGCAGGUGACCGACGCGCGGGAGCGCUACGGCCCCAACGAGCUCCCUACUGAGGAAGGGAAGUCCCUGUGGGAACUGGUGCUGGAGCAGUUUGAUGACCUCUUGGUACGCAUCCUGCUGCUGGCAGCCCUGGUCUCCUUUGUCCUGGCCUGGUUCGAGGAGGGUGAAGAGACCACGACCGCCUUUGUGGAGCCCCUGGUCAUCAUGCUGAUCCUCGUGGCCAAUGCAAUCGUGGGAGUGUGGCAGGAGCGCAAUGCUGAGAGCGCCAUUGAGGCCUUGAAGGAGUAUGAGCCUGAGAUGGGUAAGGUGAUCCGCUCUGACCGCAAGGGUGUGCAGAGGAUCCGAGCCCGGGACAUCGUACCUGGGGACAUUGUGGAAGUGGCAGUGGGAGACAAGGUCCCUGCUGACCUCCGCCUCAUUGAGAUCAAGUCCACCACACUUCGAGUGGACCAGUCCAUCCUGACAGGGGAGUCUGUGUCUGUGACCAAGCAUACAGACGCCAUCCCAGACCCCAGAGCCGUGAACCAGGACAAGAAGAACAUGCUGUUUUCUGGCACCAAUAUUGCAUCAGGCAAAGCCCUGGGUGUGGCCGUGGCCACAGGCCUGCACACAGAGCUGGGCAAGAUUCGAAGCCAGAUGGCAGCUGUGGAACCUGAGAGGACGCCACUGCAGCGCAAGCUGGAUGAGUUUGGGAGGCAGCUAUCCCAUGCCAUCUCUGUGAUCUGUGUGGCUGUGUGGGUCAUCAACAUCGGCCACUUUGCUGACCCAGCCCACGGUGGAUCCUGGCUCCGGGGUGCAGUCUACUACUUCAAGAUUGCUGUGGCCCUGGCUGUGGCUGCUAUUCCCGAGGGCCUCCCAGCAGUCAUCACUACAUGCCUGGCACUGGGCACAAGGCGCAUGGCACGCAAGAAUGCCAUUGUGCGGAGCCUGCCCUCUGUGGAGACCCUGGGCUGCACCUCAGUCAUCUGCUCUGACAAGACAGGGACGCUCACCACCAAUCAGAUGUCUGUCUGCAGGAUGUUCGUGGUAGCUGAAGCAGAGGCAGGCUCCUGUCGUUUGCAUGAAUUCACCAUCUCGGGGACCACGUAUACCCCGGAGGGCGAAGUGCGUCAAGGGGAGCAGCCUGUGCGUUGUGGGCAGUUUGAUGGACUUGUGGAGCUAGCAACCAUCUGUGCCCUUUGCAAUGAUUCAGCACUGGACUACAAUGAGGCCAAGGGCGUGUACGAGAAGGUAGGAGAGGCCACGGAGACAGCCCUGACUUGCCUGGUAGAGAAGAUGAAUGUGUUUGACACGGACCUGGCCGCAUUGUCCCGGGUGGAGCGUGCUGGCGCCUGUAACUCGGUCAUCAAGCAACUCAUGCGGAAGGAGUUUACCCUCGAGUUCUCCCGGGACCGGAAGUCCAUGUCUGUGUACUGCACACCUACUCGUUCUGACCCCAAGGCCCAGGGCAGCAAGAUGUUUGUGAAGGGAGCUCCCGAGAGUGUAAUUGAGCGCUGUACCUUUGUCCGAGUGGGGAGCCGAACAGUACCCCUGAACACCACCUCCAGAGAACAUAUUCUGGCCAAGAUCCGGGAUUGGGGCUCCGGCUCUGACACACUGCGCUGCUUAGCCUUGGCCACCAGGGACACGCCCCCAAGGAAGGGGGACAUGCGAUUGGAUGACUGCAGUCAGUUUGUACAGUACGAGACAGACCUGACCUUCGUGGGCUGUGUGGGCAUGUUAGACCCACCGAGACCGGAGGUGGCUGCCUGUAUCACACGCUGCUCCCGGGCGGGCAUUCGCGUCGUCAUGAUCACAGGAGACAACAAAGGCACAGCUGUGGCCAUCUGCCGUCGACUUGGCAUCUUUGGGGAGACAGAGGACGUGUUGGGCAAGGCCUACACAGGCCGUGAAUUUGAUGACCUCAGCCCAGAGCAGCAGCGCCACGCUUGCCGCACCGCCCGCUGCUUUGCGCGUGUGGAGCCCGCACAUAAGUCUCGCAUCGUGGAGAACCUGCAGUCCUUUAACGAGAUCACUGCCAUGACUGGCGAUGGGGUGAAUGACGCACCAGCCCUGAAGAAGGCAGAGAUUGGCAUCGCCAUGGGCUCAGGUACCGCUGUGGCCAAGUCAGCAGCAGAGAUGGUACUGUCCGAUGACAACUUUGCCUCCAUUGUGGCCGCAGUAGAGGAGGGCCGGGCCAUCUACAACAACAUGAAGCAAUUCAUCCGCUACCUCAUCUCCUCCAAUGUUGGCGAGGUUGUCUGUAUCUUCCUCACAGCAAUUCUGGGCCUGCCCGAAGCCCUGAUCCCCGUGCAACUGCUCUGGGUGAACCUGGUGACAGAUGGCCUCCCUGCCACAGCACUUGGCUUCAACCCACCAGAUCUGGACAUCAUGGAGAAGCUGCCCCGGAACCCCCGUGAGGCUCUCAUCAGUGGCUGGCUUUUUUUCCGGUAUUUGGCUAUUGGAGUGUAUGUAGGCCUGGCUACGGUGGCUGCCGCCACCUGGUGGUUCCUGUAUGACGCUGAGGGACCUCAAGUCACCUUCUAUCAGCUGAGGAACUUCCUGAAGUGCUCUGAAGACAACCCACUCUUUGCCGGUAUCGACUGUGAGGUCUUUGAGUCCCGCUUCCCCACAACCAUGGCCUUAUCUGUGCUUGUGACCAUUGAAAUGUGCAACGCCCUCAACAGCGUCUCAGAGAACCAGUCACUGCUGCGCAUGCCACCCUGGCUGAACCCUUGGCUGCUGGGGGCUGUGGUCAUGUCCAUGGCCUUACACUUCCUCAUUCUUCUGGUGCCUCCCCUGCCUCUCAUUUUCCAGGUGACCCCACUGAGUGGCCGGCAGUGGGGGGUGGUGCUCCAGAUGUCUCUGCCUGUCAUCUUGCUGGACGAGGCCCUCAAGUACCUGUCCAGGAAUCACAUGGAUGGUAUUCUCAGGACAAUUGUGCAGGCCUGGAGUAGGCAGCCGCUGACCACUUCCAGGACCCCAUGCCACACCGGAAAAAAAGGACCCGAAGUAAGUCCUGGGAUCAGAGAGGAGUCUCCAGUAUGGCCGUCAGACUGACAGUGUCCAAGCAUUCGUCCCCAUUCCCACCCCCUGCCAACCACACUCACUGUCUACUGGACCCUGCCGGACCUAACAGGCCUGAAACAAGAAUGACCACCUCUAGGCCCAAUCCCGGGUUCCUGUCUCCAUUUCCAUACCUCCCUGCAGCUCUGGCCCAGAAAUUGAGCCCAGGAGGGGCGGCUAAGAAGCCAGAGCUGGCUGCAGGGCCACCACACAUCCCCCCACGGCUCCACAACCUUUUCCCUGCUUGGAGGCUGGACGUUUUGCUCACUUGGUUUGCUUGGUAACUAGUGCCUCUGCCCUGAUGGAGGACUCACGGGGGCCUUCUUACGGACUCUGACCUCUUGCUUAGUUUGGGUCUGGAGCCUGAUCAGCUGUGGGAAGGAGGACUCAGAGGGGACCAUCUGGGCCCAGCUGUGACCACGAGGAGGGGCAGCCCCUUCCACUUGGCUCUGCCUCCACCAAGUCCACUUCUGAGAGCGGGAGCCUGGGUCUGUUUAUAUAUGUGCCGGCCCUAGGGGGUUGAGGGAUCACAGACAGAUAGGAACCCAAGAAGCAGGAGGAGGGGCUGGACCAGGACUCCCUUUCCCAGGAGGCAGCCUGGGCUAGCUGACAGGGUUCCCAGGAGGCAGCCUGGGUUAGCUGACGGGGCUCAGCCCUAUUCCCACCUCCCGGCUCACUGCCUCGGCUCAGGUUGGCUCAGGGCGACCUGGUCUGUAGAGCAGAGGCCAGCUUGACUGUCCAUGUCCCUGGUGCCUGAGACUCCAGACAUCCCUAGGUCCGUGUCAGCUUGUCCUGCUACCCAUGGUGGGAGGCCAUGCCACUUGCUGCCGGGCUGGGUGAUUCUGAAUCUCCUGAACUGCUGGUGUUACUCUAUGCCUCUCUCACUUCCCUCCCACUGUCCAUCUUUGAGUCAAAGAGACGUCCCUAAGAUGGAUGCUCCAUGAGGGACCACCUACCCCUACCUCCCCACUGAAAGAAAGCAUCUCAUGGGGAUCUCUUAGAUGAACUGGUUUGGGCGUUACUUGGUUUUAUUUUUUUCUGUUGUUGUUCCUCUUCUUCACACUGCUGUUGUUCCUUUGACAAAAACUAGCUAGGGUGUCCCAGAAACCAGAGUAAGUGUCUGUCAGCGUGACUUAGCUCUUCCUUGAGUGUGUACAAUGUGAUUAUUUUAUAUGUAAAUCAAGAUUCACAUCACUGUCCUGACCCCCGCGCCCCCACCCCCAACCCGUAACAAAAGCCCCCUCAGCCUGCCUUGCAGACAGAUGAACUCCAUGUUUGGCAGCCUACUCUCCUGCGCAUCCUCCCUUCCCUCUGGCGGGUUCUAGAGGGGCCUUAGAGAGAAACAGAGUUGGAGGGAUGACUUGGCAGGAGCAGAGCCCUGUGCCCACCUGCUGAUGUGCUUUCUGGUAGAGGAAUAAAGACGUGUGUCUGGGGGAUUGGCGCUGUCAGCAUCUUGUCUGAA